AUGACUCAUUCUGACACGUAAGUGGUGCCUCACUCACAGUAUGCUGUUCAUUUAAGAGAUGAAACCUACAUUGUGGUAUAUAUUGAUUAUGGGAACACUUUGCCUACCCGGUGCGCAGGGCUUCUGAGUCAAGUGAAUCUACCGCCAACAGCGCAACACAAAUACAAGUAAAAAAGGAGCGCAAGCCUUUAUCGUUGGCUUUUCUACAGAAAUGUUUGGUGAUCGACUAGAAAUGCCUUGAUCGGCCGGUUGGUGACCACUGUUGUAGGGCUUCCCUCAUGCCCCUUUUCAUGACGGUGCUAGCAGCCACAUGAGUGAGUGAGCGCUAGCUAGCUACUGACCGGAACAUUAAGGUAGACAAGACCAACAAUACAAACAAACGGACAAUAAAGACCUCUUCCUGAACCUGUGUCCAAUGGAGGAGCAGAAGAGGAGCUGGAUGGUAAGGUAGCAGUCGAGGUAAAGCCUAAGGUGUCCGUCAGUUUGUCUACAUCCAGCACCUCCUCCACUGCCUCUCUACCGACAUCCGCUGCCAGCACCCCUCCACCAGAGGUACAGGUGGCUCCGGCUAAGGAACCUAAUGCAAGCCUAGCCCUCAGCAUGUCUCUAGCCCAGGCCAAGGAGAGAGCUCACCAGAAACGCUCAUCCAAGAAGGCUCCUGCCAUGGACUGGAGCAAGAAGAACAAACUCUUCAGUAACCUAUAA